AGACUCUUUGACAUCCCACGAUACGCCAACGUCAUCGCCCUAAAAAAACUCCUGCUAGGUAAAUGUAACUCUAGGUAGGCAAUAGAAAGUCGCUAAAAACAACACCAUCUUCAUCUUCGUAUUUCGUAUUGUCAUAUAGCACUGCGUUUCCCGCCGUGCCUUUCUAUCCAUCGAAAUUCCUCUCCCGGGAAUGUAAUCAAAUCUUCAAUUCACAAUGAAUUGGCACAGGGGAUCCACGGUGAUCGUAGAGCCUACUCCCGCCAGGUCGGAAGGCCCUGGUAAGAAAUUGCGGAGGAAGCUCCAGAAGAUCGGCGCCCCUCAGCGUUGGUACAAGCCCAACGACCACAACAACGCCAAGAAGCCUGGUGCUAUCACCAACGCAGACAUCAAGGUGGUUCCAGCAACACCUAGUCGUGAUGAUGGUAAAUGGCUCGAGCAGCUCCGUAAGAGCGGAUCUCUCUGUCGUGGUCAACUACCUGUGCAGCCUAUCGAGAAGUCGCUACGACACUCUAUGCAAGUCAUUCCCGAAUUUGCACAUCUCGCCAUUGAUGACACGAACUCGGGAAGACAUCUUGAUAGGAGGGCCUCAUGCGCCAACCCUCCUUCAGCCUCGUCGGUAACAAGAAGAUAUGCGAAGACGCCCGUCCGUCACAUAGGGCAAUUAGAAGGCCGUUCGAGAAGAGAGCAAACGGCGACUUAUAGGGUUUCGGGCGUAGAGGAGAUCGCAGAAUCCUAUAGGGCUUUGCUGGAGUCGAGUUGCUCGAUAUUGAACGACACGGACCAAGUUGAACCGUUACGCCUGGGAGAGUCUUACCGUGCAAGCUUAGACAAUCAAGCCGUACGAGAAGAUAUCACUCGGGACUUCCCCGAUGCACUGCUUGUGAGGACAUCUCCUCGCUCCGAUGAUGGGACGCUGGUGGCUUCCGAGGUGGAUUCGGUCUCCUUUAAACCUUCAUUUACGCCCGAGCUGCCAUCGCCUCGAGAGAUUCGUCAACAAGUACCAGCAAUCCCGCCGCGAAGACGAGGAACACCUGGGAGCCCCAGCCUGCAGAUCUGUGUUGACCUACUUGGCCAAGAGCUUUCCUCAGCUGCCAGAGGGUCGGCAUUUCGACCAAAUGCAGAAACCUCCUCAUUGCAGGUGUGGGUCAUGAUAGAAGCUUACGAGAGAUUACGAGAUAAGAUUUCGGAUAUGCGGCUGGACGAAGAUCAGCAACGAGCGCUGAAUACCAUGCUUGAUACAUGGAUCGAAGCGUUAUAUGCGGUCCACGGUAAGAUGGCGGGGGACGACGGAAACGAAAGUGAGAGUGACUACGGCGACUAGAUGGACGCCGGGCUUUAUUUAAGAUUUCGUCGGGGAUUAUUUCUAUUUACAUGACUUUGUAAUGAUGAUACAGGCCUGGGUCACGGAGGUCCGAGGACAACGGGUGAUGGUAAAACGGUGUAUAGGAAGAUCUGAUUUUAACCAAACAGCGGUUUUACAGGAUGGGCUGAUGAUUUGGUUUUAGGAAAUAGGUAGGGGAAGGGGAGAGGGAGAGAAUUUGAUACCUCUGGGAUGACAGAAUGGAACGGGCGUGUACAAUCAUCUUCCGAAUGGUUAAUGGCAUUUUGAUUACGAAG